GCGACGUGGAUCCUGAACAGCCGCGUGAUUUUCACCGACACACUCACUAUUACUUCGGACAAUGCUGCGAGUAAGGUGUCUGAGAGGAGGUAGCAGGGGGGCCGAGGCUGCCCAUCUGAUCGGAGCCAUGGUUGGCCGGGCGUUGACUGGUUGGGUCCAGAGGACCUUCCAGAGCACUUCUAGCGCAGCUGCUGCACACUCGCAGCGUGCAGUUGAAGAGGAACAUGUUACUGAACCUGUGCUGCAGGAGUGUCCUGUCUGUGCCUACAAUGAAUGGGACCCCCUUGAGGAGGUGAUUGUGGGUCGUGCUGAGAACGCCCAUGUGCCUCCCUUUACUGUGGAAGUGAAAGCUAACACAUAUGAGAAGUACUGGCCCUUCUACCAGAAGUAUGGGGGCCAGUCUUUUCCUGCGGACCACUUGAAAAAAGCUGUUGCCGAGAUUGAAGAAAUGUGCAAUAUUCUGCGCCAUGAGGGUGUCACUGUGGUGAGGCCAGAGCCCAUCGACUGGUCCUUGGAGUACAAAACUCCAGACUUCAAAUCAUCAGGAAUGUAUGCUGCCAUGCCCAGAGACAUCCUGAUGGUUGUUGGAAAUGAGAUUAUUGAGGCUCCCAUGGCGUGGAGGGCUCGCUUCUUUGAGUACCGAGCCUACAGACCUCUGAUUAAGGGCUACUUCAGAAGAGGUGCAAAAUGGACCACUGCUCCAAAACCUACCAUGUCCGAUGAACUGUACGAUCAGGACUACCCCAUCCGCACUGUGGAGGACAGACACAAGCUGGCUGCCGAGGGGAAGUUUGUGACCACAGAGUUCGAGCCCUGCUUCGAUGCUGCAGAUUUCAUCCGAGCUGGGAGGGAUCUUUUUGUUCAGAGGAGUCAGGUUACAAAUUACAUGGGAAUUGAGUGGAUGCGUCGUCAUCUGGCGCCAGACUACAAGAUCCACAUCAUCUCGUUCAAAGACCCCAACCCCAUGCACAUUGACGCCACUUUUAACAUCAUCGGCCCGGGACUGGUGCUCUCAAACCCUGACCGCCCAUGUCUCCAGAUUGAGAUGUUCAAGAAGGCUGGUUGGACGAUUGUGAAACCUCCAACACCUUUGAUUCCUGAUGACCACCCACUGUGGAUGUCCUCUAAGUGGCUGUCCAUGAAUGUCCUGAUGUUGGAUGAGAAGCGUGUCAUGGUUGAAGCCAAUGAAGCCACCAUUCACAAAAUGUUUGAGAGCCUCGGUAUUAAGACCAUUAAGGUGAGCAUUCGCCAUGCCAACUCCCUGGGUGGUGGCUUCCACUGCUGGACAACCGAUGUCCGCCGCCGUGGUACCCUACAGUCCUACUUCCACUAGCCUUGCCAGAAAUAGGCAGUUUUUAUUGAGCUUUAAAGAUUAAAGCUUCAGUCCCAAAAUCUUAACAGAACUGUAAUUGUUGAGUCUGUGUUGUCAGUUGAUCGUGUUUGUAGACACAGGUUAAUGAAGGCUGGAGCUUCGUGAUACAAAAAUUUACUGUUGAAACAUUUGGAAACUAUUUUUUUAAAAGUGCACACAUUUAAAGAGUAACUAAGCCCCAGAGUUUAAAGUGAGGUGCAACCACCAUGAGAUGCCUUUAGAGCGUCUUAGACAGGGCUGGGAGGGCAAAGUGAUAAGGCUGUGUCUAAAAUCACUACCAUUCACUAUAUAGUGCAAUAUAUAUGGAAAACACCUUCUUGUGGAGGCGUCCAAGUAAAGGGAGUAUGAAAUGAAAGGCCUAUAUGCACCUGUAGAGGACAUAACUUCGAAUGUCACCAACCUCAUUUUAAGAUUGUGGCAUUGACAGAAAAGGUCUGGCUGCAGACCGUAUACUGAGAUGCUGUAAAUCUCAGAAAGGAGGCGCCGUAAUUUUCCCAUACUACGUAUUUCCAGUUUUAGAUUUAAAAAGAAAAUCACCUUUAUUCAUAAAGAAAGUCUGGCAGUUACAUUCAUGGAAUAACCACAUCGCAAAUAUUACAGUCUCAGAAACAUUUCAUAAAUUAAUCAGAGUAAAAGGUCAGAGGUCUAAUUCGGGAUUAAAUUCUGUUUAGAUCCAUUUUAGAAGUGGCUCCCUUUAGCUUCGUUAGCUAUGGCCAAAGCUAACAUAGCUAUGCUAUCUAUGCCAAUGUAGCUAAGUUAGCUUUUGCAAAGUGAGCUUUGGCAACGUGAGCCUUAGUAAACGUAGCUACAUAGCUAACAUAACUAUGUGGCUGACAUAGCUGCAAACAUAGAGCUUAGCUUAAGCUACAUAAGCUAUGUUAGCUAUGUAGCUUCAUUGUAUAUGGCUAAGUUUGCUUUAGAUUUAGAUUCCUUUAUUAUCACUCAGAAACAUGAGCUUUAGCAAAUGUAGCUAAAGUAAAUUAGCUAAAUUAGUAAAUUUGCUUUUGCUCUGUUAGCCACGUAGCUCCAUUCUCUAUGUAGCUUAUGAAGCUAACAGAGCUACAUAAGCUAUGCUGACUAGGCUAGAAUGUUUUCUUGGAGGACAAGAUUUUUUCUUGUAAGCAGGCUGUUUGCUCUGCUUUAUUAAAUAUUUCAGGUUUUGCAGAUCAGGUUUUUGUCUUUUAACUUUUAUCCCUUAUUGGAAGUUUAAUCUGAUUUUAUUUCAAAAGUUUUAACAUGUAUUUCCAUCCUGGGAUAUAAAGUGUCUCAGAUGAACGGUCUGUGAGAGUGGUCUUCAGAAAUGAAUGGUCUGCAGCCAGACUGUCUUAUUAACUACACUACCCACAGUCCUCGUGUGUCAUAGCAAACUCUCUGAUAGGUGGAGUCAGCUUUUACUUAGAAAUAUCAGCUACUGACUACCACUUCUGGUGUUAACAUUUGCAGAAAAAAUAAUCAGGAACUGUCACACUGGGUGAUACAAACUGCACCACAUAUGCCACUCAUCUGCCAAUGGAAAUAUUUGAUUGUAUACUCUGAUUUUAAGCUAUUGAGGGCAGCAGUUGCUAUGCAUGUUUCUAAUACAAUAUUUAAAUAAUUUCGAUUCAGAUGUCCAAAUAUCCAUAUGUAGAGGUUAUAGGGCUAAAAAAAGAAAAAAAAAGUGGUUUAGUUACUCUUUAACAUUUGUGCAUUCAGGGUGUCACACCUGUACUGAGCAACCUUAAAAACACAAAUAGCUCCUACUUUCCUAGAUUGGGUCUUUCUCUCCGAAAUUAACAUGUUUGAAUUGUUUUGAUUUGACAUUGCUGUGCAUCAGAGUGCCUUUGCAAACAGCUUUGUUGAGAUAUUUACGCUCAUUAGCAAGAAAUGAACAUCACUUCAAUCAGUAAUCUCAAUAUUAACUGCAUUUCUGGCCUGGCUGUUGUGAAGCUAAAUUGUUCAAGACUUAUUCAUCUAAAAGUCAGAACAUUUGAGGACAAGGUACAAUUUGGUAUGCGAGAGUCAUCUGACAAAGGGCACACGGGGAGAUGAACUACCUCCUCAUGAAAAAUCACAAACCACAAUUCUCUCUUUUUCCAAAGUAUUUUUUUUAUUUAAAGAAAUGUAUAAAAAGUUGUUAUGUAGGUCAUUAAACAAGACAAAUUUCUUAUUUCUACUAGUAUUUUGUAAAGAUUUGAAUUGAUUGAACAGACAAACUUCUAUUUAUAUUUUUCAUACUCUUUAUUGGAUUUCCCAGCAAUUAAUGUUUUUAUAUAUUUACUUAAAAAGUAUGCGGUCCAUAUCAGAUAUUGUAUACCUUUUGCCUCUGCUGUUUUCUUCUAUUGCAAACUGGGCCAGUUAUAUGCUGAUAGUCAUUCUCACUGACCUGCUUGGCUGCUUUUUUGAGUGCAAAGCCUGAAGAAUGAACAAUGUUUUGUUGUGAUGUUUUGUAUA